GCUAAGUUGAAGGAACAUGGCGACGUCUAAUCUGUUAAAGAAUAAAGGUUCACUUCAGUUUGAAGACAAAUGGGAUUUCAUGCGUCCAAUUGUUUUGAAGCUUUUACGCCAGGAAUCUGUUACAAAACAGCAGUGGUUUGAUCUGUUUUCGGAUGUGCAUGCAGUCUGUCUCUGGGAUGAUAAAGGUCCAGCAAAAAUUCAUCAGGCUUUAAAAGAAGAUAUUCUUGAGUUUAUCAAGCAAGCACAGGCACGAGUACUGAGCCAUCAAGAUGAUACAGCUUUGCUAAAAGCAUACAUUGUUGAAUGGCGAAAAUUCUUUACACAGUGUGAUAUUUUACCGAAGCCUUUUUGUCAACUGGAGAUUACUUUAAUGGGUAAACAGGGCAGCAAUAAAAAAUCAACCGUAGAAGACAGUAUUGUUCGAAAACUCAUGCUUGAUACAUGGAAUGAGUCAAUCUUUUCAAAUAUAAAAAACAGACUCCAGGAUAGUGCAAUGAAGCUGGUACAUGCUGAAAGAUUAGGAGAAGCUUUUGAUUCUCAGCUGGUCAUUGGAGUAAGAGAAUCCUAUGUUAACCUUUGUUCUAAUCCUGAGGAUAAGCUUCAAAUUUAUAGGGAUAAUUUUGAGAAGGCAUACUUGGACUCCACAGAGAGAUUUUAUAGAACACAGGCACCCUCGUAUUUACAACAAAAUGGUGUACAGAAUUAUAUGAAAUAUGCAGACGCUAAAUUGAAAGAAGAAGAAAAACGAGCACUACGUUAUUUAGAAACAAGGCGGGAAUGCAACUCUGUUGAAGCACUCAUGGAAUGCUGUGUAAAUGCCCUGGUGACAUCUUUUAAAGAGACGAUCUUAGCCGAGUGCCAAGGCAUGAUCAAGCGAAAUGAAACUGAAAAACUACAUUUAAUGUUUUCAUUGAUGGACAAGGUUCCCAAUGGGAUAGAGCCAAUGCUGAAAGACUUGGAGGAACAUAUCAUUAGUGCUGGCCUGGCAGAUAUGGUAGCAGCUGCUGAAACUAUUACUACUGACUCUGAGAAAUACGUUGAGCAGUUACUUACAUUAUUUAAUAGAUUUAGUAAACUCGUCAAAGAAGCUUUUCAAGAUGAUCCACGAUUUCUUACUGCAAGAGAUAAGGCAUAUAAAGCAGUUGUUAAUGAUGCUACCAUAUUUAAACUUGAAUUACCUUUGAAGCAGAAAGGGGUGGGAUUAAAAACUCAGCCUGAAUCAAAAUGCCCUGAGCUGCUUGCCAAUUACUGUGACAUGUUGUUAAGAAAAACACCAUUAAGCAAAAAACUAACCUCUGAAGAGAUUGAAGCAAAGCUUAAAGAAGUGCUGUUGGUACUUAAAUACGUACAAAAUAAAGACGUUUUUAUGAGAUAUCACAAAGCUCAUUUGACGCGACGUCUUAUAUUAGACAUCUCUGCUGAUAGUGAAAUUGAAGAGAAUAUGGUAGAGUGGCUAAGAGAAGUUGGUAUGCCCGCAGAUUAUGUAAAUAAGCUUGCUAGAAUGUUUCAGGACAUAAAAGUGUCUGAAGAUUUGAACCAAGCUUUUAAGGAAAUGCACAAAAAUAACAAAUUGGCUUUACCAGCUGAUUCGGUUAAUAUAAAAAUUCUGAAUGCUGGUGCAUGGUCAAGAAGCUCUGAGAAAGUCUUUGUCUCCCUUCCUACUGAACUGGAGGAUUUGAUACCUGAAGUAGAAGAAUUCUACAAAAAAAAUCAUAGUGGUAGAAAAUUACAUUGGCAUCAUCUCAUGUCAAAUGGAAUUAUAACAUUUAAGAAUGAAGUAGGGCAAUAUGAUUUGGAGGUAACAACAUUUCAGCUGGCUGUGUUGUUUGCAUGGAACCAAAGACCCAGAGAGAAAAUCAGCUUUGAAAAUCUAAAACUUGCAACUGAACUGCCUGACGCUGAGCUUAGAAGGACUUUAUGGUCUUUAGUAGCUUUCCCAAAGCUCAAGCGGCAAGUUUUAUCGUAUGAACCUCAAGUCAACUCACCCAAAGACUUUACAGAAGGCACCCUCUUCUCGGUGAACCAGGAGUUCAGUUUAAUAAAAAAUGCAAAAGUUCAGAAAAGAGGUAAAAUCAACUUGAUUGGACGCUUGCAGCUCACUACAGAAAGGAUGCGAGAAGAGGAGAAUGAAGGGAUAGUUCAGCUACGAAUACUAAGAACCCAGGAAGCUAUCAUACAAAUAAUGAAGAUGAGAAAGAAAAUUAGCAAUGCUCAGCUGCAGACUGAACUAGUAGAAAUUUUGAAAAACAUGUUUUUGCCACAAAAGAAAAUGAUAAAAGAGCAAAUAGAAUGGCUAAUAGAGCACAAAUACAUCAGAAGAGAUGAAUCUGAUAUCAACACUUUCAUAUAUAUGGCAUAAUUUUGAAUAUCAUGGACAACAUUAGAACCCAAAUUGCAGAGUGCUUGGGCAGAAAGUUGUAACAGUUUGUGCUGGAGGAAGGUUUAUUUGGACUUUGAUUACAUAACUAUUAAAAUCUCUGCCUUACCUGACAGAACAACUAUAUUUUGCCAGUCACGUUAGUUAGCAUGAUGGCAUCCCUUCAUGUUGCACACUCGGUAAC